GAAUCGGCAGCUGCGGAGCAGGCGGCUGGUAACGGACAAACUGUCGCGGGGCCGGACAGUGCAGAGCUCCCACGGCGCGGGCUGUGCCUAGCGAGGGGCUCUGGCCUCGCGUCCCGGCUUCGCUGGGGACAGCAAGAGACGGACCCGCGUUUUAUGCUGUGAAGGUAGUGGAGGAGCGACGUCGUGGCCGCGAAGGACCGGAAGCCGUGCGGGGGUCCCAGGCUGGGCCCUUUCCUCGGGCUGCCCGGCUGGAGAAGGAUAUCCUGAAUUCAGCUUGCCGAAUAAGCCAAAAGAAGAGCUUUAUUUUAACAAAUGGCUACAGGAGACUUAAAGGGAAGUUUGCGCAAGAUGGAACAAGGACUUCGCUUGUUAAACUAUCCUAGAGAUGUGGAUUAUGCAGGCUUGGUAAAGGGUGCUCCAGCUGCCUUUUUACCCAUAAUCAGCUAUUCUUUCACAUCCUUCUCAACCUACAUAGCAGAACUUUUGGUGGAAUCUGAUGUGGAGCUCACAGCAAAAAGUGACUUGCGUUUCAUUGAAACUAUUUAUAAGUUUCUUCGAGAUCAUUUUCAAUACAAACCUAUUUUAACAAAGCAACAAUUUCUCCAGUGUGGCUUUGCAGAAAGGAAAAUACAGGUUGUUUGUGACAUUAUCAGCAUUGUGAUGAAAAAGCAUAGAGAGUUAAGUAACUUGAAUAAGGCGAAAUCACAAAGAAGGAAGAGAACCAGGUCUUUUAAAUCUGACCCACUAGCCAGUUGUGAGAAUCUUUUGGCUGAUCCUAUUGUCAGGACUGUGGAUUCCAGUGAGGCGAUCAGUCUAAGGCAGGAGGCAGCAACCUAUAGCCUGUGGCCCAGAUUCAGUCUGCAGAACUUUUGGAUCUGGUCCAUCAGUGGUAGUAGCGGGGGCUGCUUAUGCAGGCAUUCUUCCAGUGUUACUGCAAGGACAAAUUCUGACUGCGGUCUGCCACGGGGAGAAGUGCCAGCUACAGACACUUUCCCCUUGCAGCUGGGAAGACGGGCAGCAGUGGCAGGAAGGUUCUUGUGCCUGCUUGUUCACUUUCAAACCAGGGUGCGUAAUUCUUGCCCACAGCCAAAAAAUGUCACAGAGGAUAACAGUCAAAUUGAACUGCUAAAGAACCAGCUUGCUGAUUGCCAGGAGAAGCUACAUAAACUAAAUUGGAUGGAAGAUAAGCUACACAUUUUAGAAGAGAGACUGAAAGGGAAGGUGAUUAUAGAUGAGAAGGACUGGAAUAAUCUCCUGAGCCGAGUCUUGCUCCUUGAAACAGAACUGCUGUUGCAGUCAAAAAAGAGUGACUUAUCUACAGAAUUCAACAAUAUAGGUGAAGAAUAUACCUCUAGUAGGAAUAUGAUUCUAGUGUCUCCUGAUAUAGAAAGGAAGAAGGAGAUGCCAGAGAGUCUUCAUCAGUCGUCUGGAUACAGUUCACAAUUAUCCACAGACCCAUCUCCCAAAGCCACGACCAUUAAUUAUCGCAGUCUGACAGAGAUUUCAAAGGAGACAACAAGACAAAGAAUGGAACGGAUAAGUAAAAUGAUUGAAGAAACUUCAGAGUUGUUGAAAAAUUCAAGCAACAGCUCUUAGUUCAUGUCCUGGAUAGACUUCUGGAUCUCAAGGCUGUGAUGUAAAUGUGUACAGUACAAAAUUUAUUUUAAUAUUAUCAUUUUAAUACCCAUAAUGUUUUUAUUUUUGCUUAGAGAAUAAAUGUUUUCUACUA